CACGUGAUAAAAUUGGCCGCCAUAGUUGGUCAAACAACAUCAAUUUUAUCCAGAGCAAAGGUUAUUCGGGCAUUCAAGGAUUUGGAUAUCGUCAGGAGUGUUGUUUGGAAGAGCAGAAAUGUUUAUAAACAAGGUGCUAAAGGCCAGUGUCCGGACUGGGCUCCGGUUGCAGGGCACCAGCACAAAGGUGGCUGCCAGUGCUGUCAGGGCCUCACCAGGAGGCUUUAGCUUUGAGCUCACUGAGCAGCAGAAGGAGUUCCAGCAGCUCGCCAGGAAGUUUGCUCGAGAGGAGAUCGUGCCCGCGGCCCCGCUCUAUGACCGAUCCGGUGAAUAUCCUUUCCCGAUCAUCAAGAUGGCGUGGGAGCUCGGUCUCAUGAACGGCCACAUUCCUGAGGACUGCGGUGGGAUGGGCCUCGGCAUAUUUGACUCCUGCCUCAUCACGGAAGAGCUGGCCUUUGGCUGCACUGGGGUGCAGACUGCCAUUGAGGCUAACUCGCUGGGUCAAAUGCCAGUGAUCAUUGCAGGCAACGAUGCGCAGAGGAAAAAGUACCUGGGACGAAUGACUGAGGAGCCUCUGAUGUGUGCGUACUGUGUGACAGAGCCCGGGGCGGGGUCCGAUGUGGCCGGUAUUAAAACCCGGGCGGAGAAGAAGGGAGACGAGUACGUUGUAAACGGUCAGAAGAUGUGGAUCACCAACGGCGGGAAGGCCAACUGGUAUUUCCUCCUGGCCCGUACUGACCCUGACCCCAAGUGUCCAGCCAGCAAGGCCUUCACUGGCUUCAUCCUGGACGCAGACUCCCCGGGAGUCCAAAUCGGCAGAAAGGAGAUGAACAUGGGGCAGAGGUGCUCGGACACCCGGGGCAUCACGUUCGAGGAUGUGAGAAUACCAAAGGAGAACGUGCUGAUUGGUGAAGGCGCGGGGUUCAAGAUCGCUAUGGGUGCCUUCGAUAAGACCAGACCACCGGUGGCAGCAGGAGCCACAGGAUUGGCUCAGAGGGCCCUGGAGGAGGCCACAAAGUAUUCCUUGGAGAGGAAGACAUUUGGACGGUUCAUCGCUGAGCACCAGGCGGUGGCCUUCCUGCUGGCGGAGAUGGCGAUAAAGGUGGAGCUGGCCAGGAUGGGGUACCAGCGCUCAGCCUGGGAGGUUGACGAGGGACGCAGGAACACCUACUACGCCUCCAUCGCCAAGGCCUUCGCCGGCGACAUCGCCAACCAGGUGGCCAGCGACGCCGUGCAGGUGUUCGGGGGAAACGGCUUCAACAGCGAGUACCCCGUGGAAAAGCUGAUGAGGGACGCCAAAAUCUACCAGAUCUACGAGGGCACCGCCCAGAUUCAGCGGUUAAUCAUAUCUCGAGAACUCCUUUCCCGGUUCAAGAACUGAGCUGAAAUCCACUGGUCCGGGAAGAAAUCUCGCUCUUCCCAGUUUUAAUGUUUUCCUUAUGUGACGCUUUGACGAUUUGCUUGGUUGAAAGGAAGGAAAGAAUGUGGCUGUACAGCAGAUUCAAAGAAGAAAAGAUGAUUAUGCUGCACAGUUCUAGUUCUCACUAUUUAUUCUCAACACAGCCGAUAUCGUGCCGGUGCCUUUAUCAGGGCAAUGCCAACGCAACACCACCUGUCUGACAGUCUUGACAGUGAUUCAUGUAUAUUUUCAUACAUUUUUAGUUAAACAUCAGUGACCUGUUCUCUACUAAUGACUAAUCAUACCCAUAAAGAAGACUGGCCCUGGGGAUGGUGUGUUGAAUGUGGAUCAGAAGCAGAGUAAUGAGGUGUGUCGUAGGAUUGUGUGACAGUUCCUUUCUCACUAGGCAUGAGAGAAUGGCUAUGAACGUGACUGUGACCGUCUUGUGGAGGUUGUUGCUUGCCCUAUACCUCUCACGCCCAGGAUGCCUUGUAGUCUUGAGAAAAAGGCUUGAAGUUUAUGUCCAUGUUUUAUCAGUGUAAAUGAACAGCUGAACCAGAUUCCCCACCUUCAAACGCAAGCUGAAGACACACCUCUUUAAGCAGCACCUCUCCCCAUCCCUCCCUACCUGUGAUUUUGUAAUUUGCUAUACUUUUUUGCCUACAGUACCUCAAGAAAUAAUAUUGUUUUAUGUUACCAAAUAAAAUAUGCAUUACA